AGCCAGGCAAAGCAUGAAUAGUUGCCUACACAAGGGGUAGUUGUGCACGUGUUGUCAUGACAACGUUUUCAGACGAAACUUCAAAACACUUUCAUAACACAAAUGCAGAAAAGAUUGUUCGCUGGGUAGGUAAUUUAGAACAAGGAUAUGAGGUUUAAAAUAUCGCUGCGAAAUAACGACGGGCAUAAAGGGUUGGUAGCGUGUAUUGCUUGGAAUGCCAGUGAGGAUAUAUAUUCUUGUGGGGAAGAUCACCUUUUAUUAUGCUGGAAGUUAGAGGGUGGAAUUGCACAUCCAUCGGUAAUUACAACAUUCCCAGCAGACUUCUGUCCAACAGAUAUGCAAUGGCAUCCUCGUCCCACAAAUACAAGCACAUCUUCCAAAAAACAAUCUCUCGAUGUCCUCUUGAUCUCAACUGCCGAUGGCAAAUUCCACUUGGUUAAUAAGACUGGCCGUAUAGAGAAAAGUGUGGAUGCGCACAAAGGUGCAACGCUUGUGGGGAGGUGGAAUAACGAUGGUUCGGCUCUGCUCACCGCGGGAGAGGAUGGACUCAUAAAAAUAUGGUCUCGCAGUGGCAUGCUUCGUUCUACAGUAGUCAGGGGUGGACAGCCAGUCUUGAGCGCAGCUUGGAGUCCAGACAGUUUGUCGAUUUUAUAUACACUAGGAGCUCAUUUGCUUGUUCAAUCGUUCAACUCUAAUGCAAAGCCUCACAAAUGGCACGCACACGAUGGCCUAAUAUUAGCCAUAGCAUGGAAUCAGAGGAACAGUCUAAUAGUGUCUGCAGGGGAAGAUUGCCGCUACAAGAUUUGGGAUCGUACAGGGAAUCAGUUAUACGCCAGCAGUGCAACCGAAUAUCCUAUCACAUCAAUCGCUUGGUGUGCCAACGGUGAUUACUUUGCCGUUGGAUCCUUCAAUACAGUCAGACUCUGUGAUAAAACUGGGUGGUCUCAUUCUUUGGAAAAAGUCGGCACCGGAAGUAUUUAUUCCAUAGCAUGGUCGAACGACGGUACACAGGUUGCAAUGGCAUGUGGGGGUGGUAUCGUUCUCACUGCUCAUGUUAUCGACAGACGACUUGAAUGGAACAACUACGAAGCGACAUUGGUAAGUCGCAAGACAAUCCGAGUCAGAGAAGUUAGCAGUGAGCGUCACGAAACUCUUGACAUCUCAGACCGAGUGAUCAAGCUGGAAUUUGGAUUUGGUCAUCUGGUUGUUAUCACACCAUCUCAAUGUCAUGUUUACGGAGUUGCAAACUGGAAUACACCAGCAAUAUUUGAUUUGAAGAACGGAUCCGUUACCUCGGUAAUUCUUGCAGACAAACAUUUCAUACUUGUGGAAUGGAACACCAUCAGCCUGUACAGUUAUCAAGGUCGGUUAUUGGGUGUACCACGCUGGAAAGGGAUGACUCAAGAGCCGGUUCACACUUCGUGUAUUGCCCUUUGCUCCGAUACACUUGUUAUUCGGGAUCAGAGUAACGAUAAAUUGCUUCACGUUAUAGAAGUGUCGAGUCAUAAACCAAUUACCGAAGGACAACCUUACACCCACUUUCACGGGGUAUCUCAGCUCUCUUUGAAUCAUGUCGGUAGCACUGCUGAACGACAACUGGCAGUUGUGGAUGUAAACAGAGAUUUAUUUUUAAUAUCAAUCAGAGCCAAUGGAUUUGGACGGUGCUGUAAGAUCGCUGUCAUGGCUCAGGGUAUUCAAUGGGCAACAGAUGCCAAUAUUUUUGCUGCUAUGUUGAACGUCACACUUUCUGUUUGGUUGUGUCCAAAUUGUGUUCACUAUAGCGACAGAAAAAUGAUACGGAAAACGAGAAUUGAUAGCGACAACAGCGAAUUUGGCAAACAACCGAGCAUAGCGAGUGUUCACGAGGGAUUAAUCACUGUAAGACGUGGAGAUGGUGCUUUGGUCACAUCAGCCUAUUACACAUUCUUUAUCGGAUUGCAUCAGCAUGUGAUGAAUAACAAAUGGAAAGAUGCUCUUUCCUUAUGCCGUAUCGCUCAGAAUGAAAUACUUUGGACUUGUGUCGCAGUCUUGGCAACUGAGGCGAAAGAGUUGGACGUCGCUGAAGAAUCAUAUGCCGCUAUAUGCAGGUUCGACAAGGUUGCUUAUAUUCAGCGUGUUAAGCAACUAUCUAACAAGGUAGAGAGAUUGGCUGCUAUGGCAUUAUUAACAGGUGAUUUGCUAGCGGCGGAAGGUAUUCUUCUGCAAAAUGGUCUUGUUGCAGAGGCAAUACAUACCAAUCUCAAAAUGUUCAACUGGAACAGAGCAUUGGAGCUUGCGACAAAACAUAAAAAGGAAUUGGAUAAAGUGUUAUCAGCACGUAGAGAGUAUCUCAGUAUUCUUAAUAAACAAGAAACUAAUCCACAGUAUCUAAACCACAUGACGAAUGAAUUGAAACAGCAGCAAGAUGAUCUGAAGUUCGAACGAACCACAGAGUCGGAAAAGGCAGAAAACCAACCGGAAAAGUUGAGCUUUUUGGAAUUAUAAUCACAAAACUCAGGUCAGAGUGUACGUCGAAUUUUAAACCUAUGUUUUAUUUUUAAAUAAGUCAUAUAAUGUUACAUCUACAAUAUUUGUUGUUAUUUUAUCAGUAUUAUAAUUAGGUUUGAUGUAUUUUAUAUCAGACACUGCAGUGUCUGUCAUUUGUGCUAUAUGUACAAGAGAGGGAAAAGAGAUAUUUGAAUAAAUCAAUUCUUGUCGAUACAUUGAA